AUGCAAUGCAAUAUAUCAGCAUUGUCUGGUACAAUGUCGCAGCUGGACCUUCAGUAUUCAAUUAACUUGAUUAUAGAUCAUGAUUGCUUCAAGCAGCACAUUCCGACAACACUACCCCGCUAUCUAUUGCACCUGGAGCAAGAGUCUUCUCAUUUUCAUAGAUUCUUCUCACGUUUCACGUAUGCAAGGCGCAACAACGACAUUCACAGGUUCAUUUGA